UGUUCCUCAUCCUUCGUUUCUCCUGUCCUUUCCCUUUCAUGCCGACUUGUCAAGUUUCUUCUCUUGGUGAUGGGUGAUGCCCAAUCCCUACGAAUCAACUCGAGCCAAGAUCUGCUAUCUGAAAUUGUAGUUCCCCAUUUUUGCUUGAUUUAAUCGCCGUGCGCCAUGGCCGGAGAUGAAGACGAAGGCGAAAUGGAGGCCUUGCGGGAGGCUCUGCGGCAGCAGAGUCUUGCCGUGGAGAUGCUUAAGGCCGAGCUGGAGGAGGAGAGGCAGGCGGCGUCGUCGGGGGCCGACGAGGCGCUGGCCAUGAUCCUGCGGCUGCAGGGCGAGAAGGCGGCGGUGCGGAUGGAGGCCGACCAGUUCCGUCGGGUGGCGGAGGAGAGGAUCCUGCACGACGAGGACUCUCUGGCCUUCCUCAAGGCCGUCGUCUUCAGCCAGGAGAUGGACAUCACCUCCCUCAAGAACCGCCUGCUGGUCGUCUGCGGCAGCAACGGUCCCUACGCGCCGCCCCCCGGCCGGGACGGCGUCAUCGACCUCCCCUGGCUAAGGAGGCUGGCCCAGAAAGACGUGUCGUCGGGGAGGAACGCCUCUCUCCCGGCGGCGCGGCUCGAGGAGCUGUGCUCGGAUCUCGAUGCCUCUGAGGACGUCGGCGACAGCAGGCCGGCGAGGACGUUGUCGGACAUAGGGGAGGUGAUCCGGAGGGAGAAGGAGUGGGUGCGGUCCAACGUGAGCCACCAGGCGUUGCCGCCGAGGCUGCACCGGUCGUCCUCCCACUGUCUCCCGCGGGCGCCGAGCUACACAGCGCAAUGCGGCAUGCCCAAUGUCCACGACAAGUUCGAGGCGCCGGAGAGCGUCGCGUCCCAUGCCCCUCCGAGAUCCAGCAGGAGGUCGUCGCCGGAGAUAAUCUCCGAAGAAGACGACGUGAUCUCGUCGUCGACGCGGCGCGGGGACUGCAACGACCCCAAGCCAGGAGACGAGCGCACAGACGGCGCCAUUGCCGAUCUGGGAGCCGGCAUUGAUGAGAUCAAAUCCAGCGUGCAGACCCUCGCGACCGAGCUCGGCAGAAUGAGGGAAACCAGCAUGUCCAGAGGCGACGCGCAGAUGCAAGUGCUGGGCGAGAUCUGCGCAAAGCUCGACGCCAUGAGGCCCAUGACGAUCAGCAAGCAACAGAAUGCUGUUCAUGGAGGCAAGAAACACUCCAGCAGAGAAGUAGGCAGUUCUUCCAAGGGGCCGGUGGCUCUGCCACAGAGUGAGCUUCUGAUGAACCAUUUCAUCGAGGCAAUGAUGUACAUACCGUGAGAUCUGCGAAGGGCUAGAUGCUUUUUUAUUGGUUUUGGAGUUGAUGGAUUGACUGAAAGAUUGUUGAUUUCUUUACCAUCGUCGCCUUUUCCCGGGCGAAGAUGAUGUGUACAUGAGAGCUUGUGUGAUACCGUUGUGGUGUUCUGUUAGGUAUAGGUGUGCUGAUUUUGUUAGCGUCACAGGAGAAGGUGACGUUGAUGUAAUGUUACCAGAUUGAUACUUGUACAAAAAAGAAAAAGAAAAAUCAUCUCGCUGUUCUUUUGC